AUGAUAUCUCAGGGGCAGGCUCAGUGGACUAUUGACAACGAAGAAGAUUGGUCUAUAAUAUCUGACCCUAUGUCGAGGAAGAGAAUUCAAAAUCGCUUGGCUCAGAGGAACCAUCAGGAACUUGAGCAUCAAGUAGCCGCCUCUGCAGCUUCCACAGCACACAUAUCGGCGCACACGGACGAAAUUUCCGCCUUGGAUACCUUUGUCACCACGGGAAACAAUCCUUCCCAGCAACCCUUUGUUCCAGACAUAGACAGCUAUCUAUCAUGUCACCAUGACUAUGGGAUAGGUUGCUCUCAGGCAGAUGCCGCACAGAGCUCCCACCUUGUGAAAUACCCUACAUUCAAAUCCAGGGCUCAUGAAGGUAUUGUUUCACAGAACGCAGAUAUUGGAAGUAGGUCCCAGAUUCAUAUCAAUGGUACAAACUCCCCAGAAGCUCUAGGAGCUGGAAUGGCCAAUUCAAAUCACGACGUUGAGCCAUGGAAUCAAUGGAGCACCUCGGAGUGUAUAGAUUCAAAGACCUUAUCUAACCCGAAGACCUAUGGCCGAGAGGACCGGAGAUAUGUUGCAGACACAAGCUUGUUAGCUGCCAGCGAUCAGAACAUCAACCCACCAAAUUUACUCACGCCUCAAGAUAUGCUUGACGACCUUCUCUCAUCAAGUGUUCCCAUGCAAACAGGGAGAUAUGAACUUUCCGGAAGCAUUCAGAGGCCUUUGGAAGGAACCACGAAUCAAAGCAACCGCAACCAAACAACGCCCCUGGUGCAACUUGAGAAGGCUCUCCAAUUGAUAUAUGGUUGUGGCUUCAAGAGCCUUGAUGAUCUAAUUAUACAGUACUAUACCUGUGAUUUGAGUGGUUAUCCGCAUUUUGAAUCCAUCCGGCAGUUGAGCCGGGCUCGCAAUCUUCCAGUGCUGCUAGCAUACAUCUAUAAUAACUCCACCAAAUGGACCGCAUGGGAGACCAAACGAUAUAAAGAAGAGAUAGUUCGAGAAGCAGAAGAAAUUCUCAUGGCAGAACGGGUACAGCUUCUACAACAUCAACAUCUUCAAAGGCUUUUGCGACAAAGAAAUGUGGAAGAUACAAUACAGCAAAUCAUUCAGGAUGAGAGUCCGAAUAUAUGGAGCCUGGUUACAUCUCUUACUAUAGAUAGCCACCCACCCUUACAUACUGGGCGCUCAUCGGCCCUCACCGUCAUGGCGAUUCUUGGAUUUAAUACCCAUACAACCACUACUGGGGUCUGA